AUGGUUGGAGAUACAACGGGACAAGUUGCUCCUCCAGGUGUGAAGCCGCGAGUCACGGCUACUCUCUGGGAGGAUGAGGGGACUCUGUGCUUUCAAGUUGAUGUCAAGGGUACUUGCGUUGCCCGACGAGAAGACAAUCAUAUGAUCAACGGCACCAAACUCCUCAAUGUUGCAGGUAUGACCCGAGGCCGCCGCGACGGUAUUCUCAAGAGCGAGAAACAGAAGCACGUCGUCAAGAUUGGCCCAAUGCAUUUGAAAGGCGUCUGGUCAGUCAAUCUGCACGGUAUCGGCCAUGAUGGAAACUGA